AUGGAAGCGGAACAAAGACGUCGAGCCAGGAUAUCUGACAGCAUUGACGCACUUAAACGACUCGUUCCGCACCAGGGGCGGACCAACACGGCAGCAUUUUUAGCGGAGGUGUAUGACUACAUCGAAUCCCUGCAUUCCCGCAUUCGACGCAUCGAGGAAGCCACGAACUCAGCGGAGCAGCCCUCCCUCCCUGCUUCUGGAGCCAAAGCGGCCGACAACGUCAAUGCCCCGCCGCAAACAGCACGGGCUCCUAAUUCCGCUGACGAAGCCUCGGGUGACGAGGCGGACGACGCGACGGUGGAAAGGGCGCAAGCCAUGGAAGGCAAUUUUCGUGUUGAGGGUGGGGAAGAAGCACGUGCGCAGUGUCGCAUUGACGAGCAACAACGCGAGGGCUUCGAUCUGAAUAUGAUAGCCGUGGAAGGAACGGUGCGAGAGGGCACGGAGCCGCUAGACGUUAGCGCGAGUGGCGCAAAGAUCGUCAAUGACCUCGCGGGGAAGAAGCGGCGACGGGACAGUUUCGAUUCUUCUGUCGUGAAGCCCGCGUCCGGCGUAUGUGGACAAGACGGCACCGCGGAUGUGGGCACGAAACCGUGGUGGUUACGCCAGAACGAGCUCAAGGCGACUACGGCUGAUGCGCGGCGACAAGGCGGUGAACUGGCUGCUGUUACAGUUGAGAGGCGUCAAGUGGGCGGGGACGCGGCGUGGACAGAUGAGCUACCCGGACUCGCUCCUUCGCCGGAGCAUCCACGUCAGCACGCAGAGCUUCAGAGUAAUGACGGCGUCUCCGCUUCCUCGCACCCCUCCACGGCACCUCCGCCACUUGCCACUCCGUUAUCCGCGUCCACGUCCCCCUCUUGCUCCGCGGGCGGCUCUGCUGCUCUGGCGGCCUCCCCCGCUCCCCGUCGACGGGGCUCUGCACCGUGCAAGGGUCGUCGCGGGCGGCCAGCGCUGGGCGCACGUGCGCGGACGGAAAUAUCGCCGUCACCGCUUAGCAGCACUGGCGGUAACGGCUGCGGUGUAGAAGAGGAGAUGGAAGACGCGGCGAAACGGAACGCAGCUGGUGCUCACGCGGCCGCGGCAGAAACGACGCAGGUCCGGGACACUGAUGCUGCCGAUGCUGACGGCGAAGUGGACGCUGCUGUGGAGGCGGCGUCGGUGCUGGCGAUGGUGGGAUCGUCAUGGUGUGACGCUACCCAGCCCAAUAACGCGCAGGCACCCGCGGCUCCUCCAGCUGAUGCCGCCACGCCUGCUGCCGCUGUUGCCGCUGUUGCUCGAGUCGCUGCACCCGCCAACCAACGACAAGCUCCGCUGAAGCCAAAGUGA